AUGAGAAAUUCGUUGUCGAAUGUGCGCCAAACCCGGUCGCAGACGAGGGCUCAGCAGGCGAAUGCGAACCUCGCACCGGGUAAUGACGACGAAAAAGCAUCGAGUAAGGUUUCGGAUGAUUCUUUCGUCCCAUCAAUCGUAGAUCGAAACGGAGGUGAGUUGUUCGAUUGUGCUGGUUGCGAUCGGCCAAAUAACUCUGAACGGUAUAUGGUUCAGUGUGAUAACUGUGAUCAUUGGUACCAUUUGACCUGUGCCGGUGUGAAAGUGGCUACAGUGGGCUCGAAUAACUUCGUUUGUGCGGUGUGUACGUCAGCUAAAUCUCGUCGAGCGCGUAGUCAGGCAAGCGGUAUUUCGAGCACGUCGAGUGCCCGUCAGUCGAAAGUGGAACGUGAGCUGUAA